CCUAGUCACACGCGUGUCGCAAAGCGCGGUGCCGUAAAGCGCGGAGGAAGAUGGCGGCCGUGGUGCAGCCGUGGGUCGAGGAUCCGCUGAGCACUGGAACAACCAUCAUGGCGGCCGAGUUCGACGGCGGCGUCGUCAUCGGGGCCGACUCGCGCACGACCACGGGGUCGUACGUAGCCAAUCGGGUGACGGACAAGCUGACCCCCAUCCACGACCGGAUCUUCUGCUGCCGCUCGGGCUCCGCAGCUGACACACAGGCCGUGGCCGAGGCUGUGGCCUAUCAGCUGGCGUUCCAUAGCGUGGAGCUGCAGGAGCCCCCCAGGGUCCGCACGGCCGCGCGCCUGUUCCAGCAGAGCUGUUAUCGCUACCGCGAGGAGCUGAGCGCUGGGAUCAUCGUGGCUGGAUGGGACCCACGGAGAGGGGGGCAGGUGUACGCGGUGCCGCUGGGAGGUCUCCUCCACCCCCAGCCUUUGGCCAUCGGAGGCUCAGGCAGUUCCUAUGUUUAUGGGUUUGUUGAUGCCUCCUUCAGACCUGGACUCAGCAGGGAGGAGUGCACACAGCUCGUCGCCAGGGCUCUGGCUCUCGCCAUGUCCCGGGACGGCUCCAGCGGGGGGGUGGUGAGACUGGCAACGGUAACAGCCGAGGGCGUCGAGAGGAAGGUUCUAACGGGGGCGGAGCUGGAGGGGGGGGAGGGAGGGGCCAUGAGCUGA